GGCGAUAACGACGGCGCGAGGGGGAAUCCUCGCCCGCGUCCCGGUGGACGGCCCGUCUCUCCCCGCCUGUCCUCCCUCUCCUACCCCCGUCCCUCCACCGCCUGGACCGUGUUGGCGGCCACCCCCGAGCUCCCACGGCGAUCUGCCCGCGGUGACGCGCGCGAGCUGUCUCGUCCCUCCUCCUUCCUCGCAAGAAGGCAACUUGGCGGCCGCGGCCGCAUCCGCGUCCACGUCCGUGACCCGCGCCCGGCCCCCGCGCCCGGCGGUCUUCGCACCCGGUCACAGUACAAACACAGAGAUUGUGGAGUCGAGGAGGUUAAGAGGACGGCACGAGCGGGAGGACGCGCCGUCCAUCACCAUGAAGCUCGUCGACCAUGUGGUGAGGAGCUUCAAGGUGGCCAAGGUAUUCCGCGAAAACACCGAUCGGAUAAACAGUAUCGACUUCUCGCCGAACGGCGACACCCUCAUCUCCUGCUCGGAGGACGACCAGAUCGUCAUCUACGACUGCGAGAAGGGCACGCAGGUGCGGACGGUCAACUCGAAGAAGUACGGCGUCGACCUGAUACACUUCACUCACGCCAAGAACACCGCGAUACACAGCAGCACCAAGGUCGACGACACGAUCCGCUAUCUCAGCCUCCACGACAACAAGUACAUACGUUACUUUCCCGGUCAUGCGAAAAAGGUAGUGUCGCUAUGUAUCAGUCCUAUCGAGGAUACUUUCCUAUCCGGUUCCUUAGAUAAAUCCCUGCGACUGUGGGACCUGCGCUCGCCGAAUUGUCACGGGGUGAUGAACGUCUCGGGACGGCCAGUGGCGGCAUACGAUCCUGAAGGUCUCAUCUUCGCGGCCGGAGUCAAUUCGGAAAAUAUCAAGCUGUACGAUCUGCGCAGCUUCGACAAGGGACCGUUUGUCACCUUCAAGCUCUCUCAGGAGAAGGAGUGCGAUUGGACUGGAUUGAAGUUCAGUAGGGACGGCAAGACCAUCUUGAUCUCCACUAACGGUAGUACGAUUCGUUUAAUUGAUGCUUUUCAUGGUACGCCCUUACAGACUUUCGCCGGAUAUCUCAACAACAAGGGGAUCGCCAUUGAGGCCAGUUUUAGUCCGGAUUCCCAAUUUGUGUUCAGUGGCUCCACGGAUGGUAGGGUGCACGUGUGGAACGCGGAGACCGGUUACAAAGUUUGCGUGUUGAACGGUGACCAUCCAGCGCCGGUGCAGUGUAUCCAAUUCAAUCCCAAGUACAUGAUGCUGGCGUCGGCUUGCACCAACAUGGCUUUCUGGCUACCCACUAUCGAUGACAAUGCAUAAAACUAAUUUAUGAAAAAUACGGAGCAAUGCCAGAGUCUACAGUUCAUAAAAAAGAAGGGAAGAAAGAGAGAAACAAGGAAGAGAGGCAGACAGCUGAGAAUACCAACUAAUCAGAAAACGUUUAUAACUUGUUUGAGCAAAUACAUUUACAUUGCAUUUACAUUAUGUGUACAAAACUGGAAUAGCUGUCGUAUGGCAUACCAGUUCUGAAACGUAUCCAAGGGAGCAAACAAGAUGCCACGAGGGAACUCGCAACAGUUCGAUCAUUGCUCGCUCGUUCGCGUUUCGAGAAGGUCCAUGUGGAAUACAACUUUCCAUCGCUGUCGUCAUCG